AUGCCCGCGAUGAAGGAGGCGAGGUACGCCAUGGAGGAAGCAAGCGGGGUGGCGCUGGACUGGUCGUCGGACGAUGGGUUGACGCGGAACCAGCUGCUGUACGAGAGCGCUGUUCCGCUGGCGCAGCUGUACGAGCCCCUCUUCCACCGCGACGACACGUUCAUCCUCCAGGAGUUUUUCGUUCCGCACCCGCAGUUCAACGCUUGGCUCAACCUCUCCCGCCCUAUCUACGGCGACCUGAACAAAGAGGACAGUGGCGGACUGAUCUUGCUGAACACGACAAUCCGCUUUGUCCAGCAGGACACCGACACAUACCUCAGGUACAGCCGCAGUCUGGACGGAGUCUACGCUUUCGUCCUGCACUGUGGCGGACCGCCUUCCCCGCGGCCCUAA